ACCACAGCAAGACUGUCACUGGUCACUGCCUCACUGUUUGUGCCUCCCCCACUCGGCCAUAUCCAUAACUGCGUGCCACCUUUCCACUAUGCUACAACUGAGACGCAUAACCACUUUGGUGUCCUAAAUGCUUAACACUAAUCCAGUGGAUCAUCUCUCCCAGCUCACCUCGGCUGAUAAGUGUUGCAACCUCUGUUUGUGGAUCUAUCUUUGUUCCUGAACGGAGCUGGGCUGCUUCUUUCACAAGGUGUGCUUUAGCUUCAGAUUUGCCCAUUCGUUCGCUUCCAGCUUACAGAUGCUUGCAUGACCCUACAAUUCUAGUCCGAUCACAGACAAUAAAGAAACCAUCUUUUCCGGUUUGAUUUGGUCGGCUCACAUGGUGUGCAUUCCUUAUUCUUCUUCUUCUACUUCGCUGCAGGCAGCUCUUGGCAUUGCUCCCGCCUCACCUCCCAUGUGAUGUGCGCCUAAGCUCAGCUCAGCCCACCUCACUCCGGACUGAGCACCCGGCACCGGCAGAUCUCCCGACAUGGCGCGGUCCUGCUACUUCCCGCUCCGGUGGGAGAGCACCGGCGACCAGUGGUGGUACGCCUCGCCCAUCGACUGGGCGGCGGCCGACGGCCACUACGACAUCGUGCGCCAGCUGCUGCACCUCGACCCCAACCUCCUCAUCAAGCUCACCUCGCUCCGCCGGAUCCGCCGCCUCGAGACCCUCUGGGACGACGACGCCCGCUUCGUCGACGCGCCGCGGCACCGGGCGUCCGUCGCCCGGAGCCUGCUGCUGGAGUGCGAGUGCAAGCACGGCGCCGAGAACACGCUGCUCCGGGCCGGCUACGGCGGGUGGCUGCUCUACACGGCGGCGUCCGCGGGGGACAUGGGCUUCGUGCAGGAGCUGCUGGACAGGGACCCGCUGCUCGUCUUCGGCGAGGGCGAGUACGGCGUCACGGACAUGUUCUACGCGGCGGCCAGGGGCAGGAACGCCGAGGUGUUCAGGAUGCUGCUGGACCACGCCAUGUCCCCGAGGUUCUCGACGAAUUGCCGCGACGGGGAUGGCGCGAAUGGGGUUGGUGGCGCCGGCGGUCGCACCUCGGUGUUCCGGCUGGAGAUGAUGAGCAGAGCUGUCCACGCCGCCGCGAGAGGAGGGAGCGUAAGGAUGCUCAAGGACCUCAUCGACGGUCGCUCCGACGUGUCGGCGUACCUUGAUAUCCGUGGAUCCACCGUGCUUCAUGCUGCUGCUGGGAGAGGGCAGCUGGAGGUUGUCAAGUACCUCAUGGCAUCUUUCGACGUAAUCAACUCAACUGACAAUCAAGGGAACACUGCAUUACAUGUAGCAGCCUACCGAGGGCAUCUGCCUGUUGUAAAUGCACUGGUUGCUGCAUCUCCAUCAGCCUUGUCAGCUGUCAACAAUGCAGGCGAUACGUUCCUCCACUCAGCAAUCGCAGGAUUCAGAACCCCGGGAUUUCGACGGCUCGACCGCCAGCUUGAGCUCACGAGGCAUCUGGUACGAGAAAGAGCUGCAGAUGUCCAGAAGAUCAUCAACCUGAGAAACGAAGCAGGCCUUACCGCCCUUCACAUGGCUGUGGUUGGCUGCGUGCAUCCGGACCUCGUCGAGCUCCUGAUGACCACGCCGUCGAUCGACCUUAAUGUCGAAGAUGCUGACGGCAUGACCCCGCUCGCGCUGCUGAAGGAGCAGCUACGGUCAACCACUUCGGAGAGGCUGAUCAAGCAGAUAGUCUCUGCGGGAGGGGUGCUGAGCUCGAGUGUGAUGAGGACCCGGUCGGCGGUUGUUUCGCAGAUAAAGAUGCGAGGAGGGAUCGCGAUCAGUCCUGGCACCAUGUUCAAGAUAUCUGAUGCCGAGAUAUUCUUGUACUCGGGGAUCGGCGCGACGGAGUCUCGGAGAGCUAGCUCAUGCUCCAGCGAUGGCAAGUGUGAUGCUGCACAUGCAGAGACGAACGGUGAAGGUGGUGAUGAGAACCAUGGGUUGUCGGAGAAGAGGCUGAGCUCUGCGAGCCGAGCAAAGGACCGUCUCAAGAUGAUGCUGCAGUGGCCUCGUCACAGGGGGAAGAUGUCGAGGACGUCGAGGAAAUCCGAGGGCAGCAGCCCGCUGGACACCAUCAAGAAGCUGAACAAGCACGUCGCCGAGACCCCGACUCCGCUUAGGCAGGCAUACACCACCAAGACGACGACGCUCAACAACAAGCGCACGCUCGCCAUCAAGAGCUCCACCCCGACCUCAGCCACCAAGAAGAAGCUCAACUCGAAGCUCAUCCACGGCAUCAUAGAGGCCAUGCCGCAUCUGGCAUCAUCGUCGACGUCCACCCGGUCCCCACCAAGUACCCUCCCGAGGUCCUCCAUGUCCUCCGCCGCGCCACCAUCAACCAAGCUGAAGGACAUCUGCUUCGAAGAAGACGAGAGCUCGAUGAUGACACCGCCCUAUGGUAAGCUCAAGGACAUCAUCCUGGACAACAGCAACGGCACAGACGACCCGUCAUGCUCAAACUCGUCUUUCGCCGACGAUGGAAUCAGCGUGGCAGCCCGGAAGAACCAUGGCUGCGGGAACGGGAGGCUGAUCAAUAUCUGCUUCGGCGCACAGGGGCUCACCGUGGAGGACUCGGUGAGCGGGCAGCAGACGAGCAAGAUGUUCAAGCAGCAGGGCCUGGGGGUGUCCUGA